AACGCCCGCCUUCUGCCGUGGCUGAUGCUCCAGCUUCGGGCACUGGCGCCGCCGCAACUCCUUCUGCCUCGGCCGAACCAAAGCCACCCUCAAAAGUGGCCUCCAAGGAGGAAGCGAAGCAGCCACCGCCGAUUUCUGCCGUGGCUGAUGUUCCCGCUUCGGAAACUGGCGCCGCCGCAGCUCCCUCUGCCUCGGCAGAGCCGAAAGUGCUCUCGAAGGUGGCUGAAGAGAAGCUACCCUCAAAAGUGGCCUCCAAGGAGGAAGCGANAGAAACAAAGCAGCCACCGCCAACUUCUUUUGUGGCUGAUGCUCCAGCUUCAGGAACUGGCGCCGCCGCAACUCCUUCUGCCUCGGCCGAGCCGGAGGUGCCCUCAAAGGUGGCCGAAGAAAAGCCACCCUCAAAAGUGGCCUCUAAAGAAGAAACAAAGCAGCCACCGCCAACUUCUUUUGUGGCUGAUGCUCCAGCUUCAGGAACUGGCGCCGCCGCAACUCCUUCUGCCUCGGCCGAGCCGGAGGUGCCCUCAAAGGUGGCCGAAGAAAAGCCACCCUCAAAAGUGGCCUCUAAAGAAGAAACAAAGCAGCCACCGCCAACUUCUUUUGUGGCUGAUGCUCCAGCUUCAGGAACUGGCGCCGCCGCAACUCCUUCUGCCUCGGCCGAGCCGGAGGUGCCCUCAAAGGUGGCCGAAGAAAAGCCACCCUCAAAAACGGCCUCUAAAGAGGAAGCAAAGCAGCCACCGCCAACUUCUUUUGUGGCUGAUGCUCCAGCUUCAGGAACUGGCGCCGCCGCAACUCCUUCUGCCUCGGCCGAGCCGGAGGUGCCCUCAAAGGUGGCCGAAGAAAAGCCACCCUCAAAAACGGCCUCUAAAGAGGAAGCAAAGCAGCCACCGCCAACUUCUUUUGUGGCUGAUGCUCCAGCUUCAGGAACUGGCGCCGCCGCAACUCCUUCUGCCUCGGCCGAGCCGGAGGUGCCCUCAAAGGUGGCCGAAGAAAAGCCACCCUCAAAAACGGCCUCUAAAGAGGAAGCAAAGCAGCCACCGCCAACUUCUUUUGUGGCUGAUGCUCCAGCUUCAGGAACUGGCGCCGCCGCAACUCCUUCUGCCUCGGCCGAGCCGGAGGUGCCCUCAAAGGUGGCCGAAGAAAAGCCACCCUCAAAAACGGCCUCUAAAGAGGAAGCAAAGCAGCCACCGCCAACUUCUUUUGUGGCUGAUGCUCCAGCUUCAGGAACUGGCGCCGCCGCAACUCCUUCUGCCUCGGCCGAGCCGGAGGUGCCCUCAAAGGUGGCCGAAGAAAAGCCACCCUCAAAAACGGCCUCUAAAGAGGAAGCAAAGCAGCCACCGCCAACUUCUUUUGUGGCUGAUGCUCCAGCUUCGGAAACUGGCGCCGCCGCAACUCCUUCUGCCUCGGCCGAGCCGGAGGUGCCCUCAAAGGUGGCCGAAGAAAAGCCGCCCUCAAAUUUGGCCGAAGAAAAGCCACCCUCAAAAGUGGCCUCUAAAGAAGAAACAAAGCAGCCACCGCCAACUUCUUUUGUGGCUGAUGCUCCAGCUUCAGGAACUGGCGCCGCCGCAACUCCUUCUGCCUCGGCCGAGCCGGAGGUGCCCUCAAAGGUGGCCGAAGAAAAGCCACCUUCAAAAGUGGCCGAAGAAAACCCACCUUCAAAAGUGGCCUCUAAAGAAGAAGCAAAGCAGCCACCGCCGACUUCUGCCUCCAAAUCCAAACUGGGCUUCUCCAUGGGCUCUAAAGUGGCCUCCAAGGAGGAAGCAAAGCAGCCACCGCCGACUUCUGCCUCCAAAUCCAAACUGGGCUUCUCCAUGGGCUCUAAAGUGGCCUCCAAGGAGGAAGCAAAGCAGCCACCGCCGACUUCUGCCUCCAAAUCCAAACUGGGCUUCUCCAUGGGCUCUAAAGUGGCCUCCAAGGAGGAAGCAAAGCAGCCACCGCCGACUUCUGCCUCCAAAUCCAAACUGGGCUUCUCCAUGGGCUCUAAAGUGGCCUCCAAGGAGGAAGCAAAGCAGCCACCGCCCACUUCUGUC